AUGUGGCCCUUCCUCAGCCGCGCUCGCUUCCCGCACACCACCGAGGCCUGACCCCGGAGGGCUUCCAGACCCCGAGGCCCAGGGCGGGGGGCCUGGUGCCGGGCCGGGAAGACCCCUCUGGGCCCCAGGGCUGGAGACAGGGAGGAGGAGGAGACAGGGGAAGCGGGGAAAGAAGACGAGGAUGACGCGGGCUUCCUGCCGUCUCUCUUGGAGAGGGAGGACCUGGCCGAGUGCACGGUACCGGACCGGGAGCUGGAGGCCAUGAAACUGGAGCUGUGGGCCAUGGAGCAGGCCCAGGGCCCAGAGGGGGAAGAGGAAGACGCCGGGGCCCUGCUGGACGGGCAGCUGCUGAGCCCCGAGCCAGACACCCUCAUGGAGACGGUGGAGGCUGACCACAGACCCAUCUACACGGGCAAUGUGGGCUACGGGGGCUCGGCCCAGGAGCUGAAGGCCUGUUUCAACCACUGCGGGGAGAUACCCCAGGUGGCCAUCCUGUGCAACAAGCUCUCCCGACACCCCAAGGGCUAUGCCUGCAUAGAGUUUGCCACCAAGAGCUCGGCCCAAGCCGCCGUGGAGCUGAACAAGAGCGUCUUUUGAGGCCGGGUCACCAAGGUGCUGCCCAAAAGAAACAACUUACCAGGGACCAGCUCCACGGACCGCGGGGGCCUUCAGGGACACCCAGGCGCCAGGGGGGGACCCUCCGCCCACAGCAGCCUCCAGGGUAGGGCCCGUGUCGGACCACGAGGGCGGAACCUGGGGCGUGGCAGAUUCUCCCCGUGGUAUUCACCGUACUGA